GCUCUUGGGAGCAAAUGAACGAACGAGAACGACCUUCAUUGCUUCUCUCUUUACCUCUGUUUCUUACACAUUAACAAAGCCCCAAACGCAACAACAAGUUUCAGAAUUUUCGAUUCAUCCAAUUUUUAUUGUUGAUAUUUGAGGGGAGUCCUAAAUAUGGAUAUUGGAGAAAUCAUUGGUGAAGUAGCUCCACCUGUGAGUAUCCCAACAAAGAGCGCAAUAUACGUUUGGGGUUACAAUCAAAGCGGACAAACUGGUAGGAAGGGACACGAGAAGCUUUUGCGUAUCCCAAAACAGCUUCCUCCUGAGCUUUUUGGUUGCCCCGCUGGUGCGAAUUCCCGUUGGCUCGAUAUAUCUUGUGGUCGGGAACAUACAGCUGCCGUUGCAUCAGAUGGAUCUCUCUUUACUUGGGGUGCUAAUGAAUAUGGUCAGCUUGGGGAUGGAACCGAGGUUGGGAGGAAACAUCCAAAGAAGGUUAAGCAGCUGCAAUCAGAAUUUGUGAAAUUUGUGUCUUGUGGAGCUUUUUGCACUGCAGCUAUAGCAGAACCCCGUGACAAUGACGGUACUCUUUCCACUAGUAGACUAUGGGUUUGGGGCCAAAACCAGGGAUCAAAUUUACCACGCUUGUUUUCUGGGGCAUUUCCUGUUACAACGGCGAUCCGCCAAGUAUCCUGUGGGACAGCUCAUGUUGUGGCCUUAUCAGAAGAAGGCCUUCUUCAAGCUUGGGGCUAUAAUGAACAAGGCCAACUUGGUAGAGGAGUCACUUGUGAAGGACUACAAGCACCUCGUGUGAUAACUGCUUAUGCGAAGUUCCUUGAUGAAGCACCUGAGCUUGUGAAGAUUAUGCAAGUUUCAUGUGGGGAAUACCAUACUGCUGCUGUAUCUGAUACAGGCGAGGUUUAUACUUGGGGAUUAGGAAGCAUGGGUCAACUUGGGCAUGUUUCUCUUCAGUCCGAGGAUAAGGAGUUAAUACCAAGACGAGUCAAUGGUCUUGAUGGUGUGUCAAUGAAAGAAGUUGCUUGUGGUGGUGUACACACUUGUGCUUUAUCUUUGGAAGGAGCACUUUAUGCUUGGGGUGGUGGCCAAGCAGGACAGCUAGGACUUGGUCCUCAAUCUGUUUUUUUGUUUAAAGUCUCUAAUGGAAGCGAAAUGCUUCUACGAAAUGUCCCUGUUUUAGUCAUCCCAACUGAUGUCCGGCUUGUUGCUUGUGGACAUUCUCACACGCUCGUUUAUAUGAGAGAGGGACGCAUUUGCGGAUGGGGUUAUAAUAGCUAUGGUCAAGCAGCAAAUGAGAAAUCGUCAUAUGCUUGGUACCCAUCGCCUGUAGACUGGUGCGUAGGACAAGUGAGGAAGCUAGCAGCAGGAGGUGGUCAUUCGGCUGUUUUAACUGAUGCAUUUUCAUUGAAGGAGUUGUGUGAAUUUCAAUUAGCAGACAGUGUGAACCUCUCAAAUGCUUCAAAGAUUCAAGAUGUUGCAUUCAGAAUGGGUUCCGAAGCUUUAGCCCGCCUAUGCGAAAGACUCAGGGAGCAGUUCCUUGAUGGAGACUUUACUAAUGGGGAAGAAGUAUAUUAAAAAGCACAAACCCCAAACUCUAGAACAAUUAGUACUGAUGGAAGUUAAUACAAUUCAUCCUGUAUCGUUAAACAAUUGAAAAAUGUAGUAAACCAGAAAGUCCAUUCUUCAGCAGAACUCUGUACCAUUGUAUCUUUCAGGACAGAUUUCAUUACCUGUCCUGUGUCUGUAACUGUAAGAUCCAGUUGUUGUAAUUAUCUGUUCUGUACUCUUUCGAAUUGAAAAUAAAACAAGUUGGAUCUUGGUGGCA